AUGUCUGGCCGGCGUCUGCUGGACGCCAUCCAAUUACUCAAUGUCUCCAAGACGGUCGCCGCAAAGCACUUUGCGAUCCGCAAGCACCAGCUCGACGUCUACACUCGGACCUCUUCGCUGACCAAGGGCAUCAAGGAGCGGACCGACGGGCUGAUUCUUACCGCGCAAGCCGCUGCUGCUUUAGCUCGCCGAUUCAAUGAUUCGCCACCGACUGCAUCCCCUCCGGCAUCAAAUAAACCACCUGCACCGGCGUCGAGCUCGGAAGCUCCCGCCUCUGGCCCCACGGCCAGUGGUACAGCACAACAUGAGGCGCAAUUCCAGGUCCCCGCUGCGGCUGCACAGUAUAGUGGAAAUGAGAAGCCAGAAGGAUUGAAUAUCAGUCCACAACAAGAGGUCUUCUAUGAACCUUCAAUUCAGACGGUAUCGAAUCCAUCUGCGUCGCCUCAAAUCAAAGUUCCGGAGUCCACUGGGACGGUUCAAGCUGGAGGAGGCGAUGGGCUGAAUGCGGAUGUCUUCCACGCGGCUGCUGGUCCCGAGCGCCAAGCUACGCCUGCAAAGGAAGAGAUCCCAGAAGAACUCCUGCAGGGGCUGUUCCAUAGCCCGAGGGUGUCGCGGGCGCUUUCAGGGAAACCGAUACCGAAAAGAGAUUGGAUUCCAGCAGAGAAGAGGACGGAUCCAACCAGUACGACCACAACAUCAAUCUCUAAACCUGAGGCUGUUUCGUCAGAGGCAGAGAUGGAGAAGCUGGGCGCCAGUGUUGCCCAGGAGGCAGUCUCCACCGCAGAAGUGCCAUACCAGAUGUUGGAAUCGCGCGUUCCGUCAUCCAGGUUUGGUCGAUUGUGGCAAUAUGCAGGCCUCGGAACGUCCAUGGCAUUUGGUGCUGUUUCCGAGACUGUUCGUCGGGCCGCGGGGGGUGAAAAUACCGGCUCGGUCAUGUUCAGCGCGGGCAACAUGGAGCGGAUGGUUGCUAAGUUGUCAAAGAUGCGAGGUGCUGCCCUCAAGCUAGGCCAAAUGCUGAGCAUCCAAGACUCGAAUAUGCUACCAGAGCCUAUCCAGCAGGUCCUACAACGUGUGCAGGAUCGUGCUGAUUACAUGCCAGCUUCGCAGCGAGACAAAGUUCUGACCGACAACCUUGGACCUAAAUGGCGCGACCUGUUUUCCUCGUUUGACGAAAUUCCUAUGGCAGCAGCUUCUAUCGGCCAAGUCCACUCUGCUGUUCUCAAAAAAACAGGCAAGCCUGUCGCUGUGAAGGUCCAGUAUCCCGGCGUAGCGGAUUCGAUUGACUCCGAUCUCAACAACCUCUCUAUUCUCCUCACAGCCUCCCGCCUGCUCCCACGGGGCUUGUACCUCGACAAGACCAUUGCGAAUGCCCGGGUUGAACUGGCUUGGGAAUGUGACUAUCUCCGUGAAGCCGAAUGCGCAGCUCGCUUCCGCCAGCUCCUUCGUGAUGAUCCCGUCUUUGUUGUCCCUGAGAUCAUCCCCGAAGCCUCGGGCGAACAGGUGCUGACCAUGGAGAUGCUGGAGGGCGUCGCCGUCACCAAGAUCCAAGAUUUCUCUCAAGAGCAACGGGACUGGAUCGGCACGCAGAUCAUGCGUCUCUGUCUCCGCGAGAUUGCCGAGUUCCAUUACAUGCAAACAGACCCCAACUGGACCAACUUUCUUUACAACGCCCGCACCAACCGCCUGGAACUCCUUGAUUUCGGAGCUUCUCGCGAGUACCCCAUUGAAUUCAUCUCCACCUACGUGCGCACUCUUGUCGCCGCCAGUCGCAACGACCGUGCUGCCUGUCAAGAUCUCUCCCUCAAACUAGGAUAUCUGACGGGUCAUGAGUCCAAGGCGAUGGUGGAUGCACACGUCUCGUCCCUCGUCACUAUUGCCGAGCCCUUCAUGCUCUCCUCUCCUGAUGUCUACGACUUUCAAAAUCAGACUAUUACUGACCGAGUUCGUGCUUUCAUCCCAUUGAUGAUUCGUGAGCGUCUCUCCCCGCCUCCUGAGGAGACGUAUAGCUUGCACCGAAAACUCAGUGGUGCUUUCUUGCUUUGUGCGCGACUGGGGAGUCGUGUCCCUUGCAAGGAGUUGUUUGCGGAGGCCAUUCGGAAGGCUGAAGAGAAUGGCUUACUGGAGCCAAAAUAA